AUGGCUUUCUACAACCCAGAAGCUGAGACAACUCUAAUGGUCGAUGGCUCACCAUAUGGUUUGGGUGCAAUUUUGGUUCAAAAACAAAAUGAUGGACAUUUAAGACCUGUAGCAUAUGCAAGCAGAACACUAAAUGAUGUUGAAAGGCGUUACAGUCAAAUUGAAAGAGAAUGCUUAGCAGUAACUUGGGGGAUAGAAAAGUUUCACACUUAUCUGUAUGGAUUAACCUUUAAAGUAAUUACAGACCAUAAACCGCUAGUCAACAUUUUCAAGCCAACACACAAACCUCCAGCUAGACUAGAAAGAAUGCUUUUGAGACUACAAUGUUACAAAUUCAACAUCGAAUUUCAAUCUGGAGCAUUAAACCCAGCUGACAUCCUCUCAAGGUCAACGUAUAGUCAAGAAAAAUGUGAGAUAUCAAAUAUCACAGAAGGUUACAUGGAUUAUGUGUGCGAAAACGCCGUGCCAAUGGCUAUGACCUUAGAUCAAAUUGAUAAAGAGUCAUCUCAGGACAAAUUCAUUCAAGAACUAAUCAAGUGCAUUCAGCAUGAUAAAUGGCCGAAAAAUCAAGAUUUCAAGAUUUUCUACAAGAUACGCAAUGAACUGUCGGUACAUAAUAACAUUGUGUUACGGGGAAACAGAAUUGUAAUUCCACAGGGACUUAGGCCAAAAGAACACAGUGGGGCGAACCCGCCACGACAACUUCCUAUCACGCCAACCGAAUUACCAGAGACACCCUGGCAAAUUGUUGGGAUGGAUUUAACAGGACCGUUCCCAGGGGGAGAAUAUAUUCUUGUAGUCAUAGAUUACUACUCUCGUUAUCCAGAAGUUGAAAUCAUGAAAUUAAUCACUUCAAGGUGUAUCAUUCAAAGACUUAUGAAAAUAUUCGCCACACAUGGACUUCCGUCAGUGAUUAAAACGGACAAUGCACCAAACAUGGUAUCUCAAGAAAUCACAAAUUUCUUCACUGCAAACGGAAUAAAACACCAACGUGUUACGCCUUAUUAUCCACAAGCAGCCGGAUUGGUAGAAAAUUUCAACAAAACAAUAGCAAAAUGCGUUAAGACUGCUAACAAUGGAAAGAAAAACUGGCGAACAGAAAUCUACAAAUUUUUGAUGACAUAA